AUGUCGCUCAUCAAUUCCUGCAAACCCAAAUUUGAAAAUGAUGCCACUGACGGCUCCAUUUCUUCUCAGCCGUCGAAAUCGAACCCUACCAUACAGUUCUUCGUAAAAUUGUUUUCUGAAAUGGAAACAUUAGUUAUCCGAGCUGAUGUUAACGACACGAUUGAGCACGUUCUUGAUUUGAUCCAAUCGAAAUCUGGAAUUCCAUUGAACGGGCAGCCGUUAAUCUAUAAGAGCAAGCAGCUUUACCCGGAGCAAACCCUAGGGCAAUGUUGUGUCGAAAAUGAUGCUGUUUUACAGGUGGUUGGAGUCAUGCCGAGUACUCGUCAUGUGAGAGCUCAACAAACAUCUGAUGAGAUUGUUUCAUUGAUUUGGAGAUUGUGUAAACGGAAUCCGGGGAAUAAAUCUUGGGACAGUGAAGCACGUUACCUGAUUCGAAGAAACCUGACUGAUUAUUUCACGGAUUUGCUGUCGAGUGAUAAUGAUAUGGCUAUAGGGGAUCUGCAGGUAUUCUCGUAUUCUGGUGCACCAGCUGCGUUAGCAAUGUUAUAUAUGUCUCCGGAUCAUAUGAUAUUUGGUGAUGAGUUGAUACGACAGUUGGUUUGGGUCAUUGCGUUUAUGCCUCCAUAUUCCUUCCAACAAUGUGUCCCUAUUUUGCUUGAGAUUUGCAAGCCGUUGCGUGGGAUGCCAUAUUAUGGUGAAAAUGUUAUCUUUGACACAUGCCGAACUUGUCUUAGUUCUAUGGUAGCUUGUAUCGAAAUUGAGGCAGCAUCGGAUGGAGGUUCCGUUACUUUAAAAGAUAUGCUAACAUUUGUUAGAGAGGCUGUUGAUAAGAUAAUUCUUACAAUGGAUGGUGGUAUACAACCAGAUACAAGUAUGAGUCCCUCGCUUUCUUUAAUGACGGAAGAGCUUCUCCAUUUUCAAAGCUUUCUGAUUCCUUUAAAAAGGUUUAUACCAGAGGAGCUAUUACAUGGCGGUUAUUGUUACACAAAGGCCUCCCAAGGUGAACCUUAUAUUUUAACAUACACGGAAGAUUUUAAUUUCAUGCUUAAGAUUUUCUUUAGGCUGUUGAAGAAGAUGGAUGAUUGUCUUGAAGAAUUGGAGAAGUUGUUGCCCACAGAGAGUGAAAAUCUUGGGUGCAACCAGUAUGUUCAGAUCAUAAUUGAACUGAAUGACGUGUCAAAGCACUUUCCAGCCCUAUCUGAACAAUUUUGGAAAACCUUAAAGAAGAGGAAGCUUUCUUUCUGCUAUUUAAUUAUUAAAUAUGCUACGAGGGAUGAUGAUUAUAGUUGGAUUUUGGAGCAUAAGGAGGUGACUGAUUCUGAGUGCAGAAGGCAUUUGGCAAUGAUGUUACUUCCACAAGUUAGUGAUGACGAUGACUACCUGAUCCUAGAGAUGCUUAUCUAUAGAUCACGAUUGUUGGAGGAUUCAUUUGAGUACAUUGCACACGCUGAGGCUGAUACACUUCGAGCUGGUUUAACUGUGGAGUUUAAAGAUGAGGAAGCUACUGGCCCCGGUGUACUGAGGGAAUGGUUUGUCUUAGUUUGUGAAGCCAUCUUUGAUCCUCGAAAUGCCCUCUUCGUAACUUGUCCAAAUGAUGGCAGAAGGUUUUUUCCUAAUCCAGCGUCGAAGGUGGAUCCAUUGCUCCUAGAAUACUUCAAGUUUGCUGGACGAGUAAUUACAUUGGCCUUGAUGUACAAUGUUCAGGUUGGCAUUGCCUUUGAUAGAGUAUUUCUUCUACAAUUGGCCGGAAGCAAUGUUUCUCUGGAAGAUAUACGGGAUGCAGAUCCAAUCUUGUACAGUAGUUGCAAGAGAAUACUGGAGAUGGAUCCUGAGGAAGUUGAUGAAGAUUCUCUAGAUUUAACAUUUAUUGUAGAAACCGACAAGCUAGGAUGCAGGAAUAUCGUGGAGCUCUACCCGGAUGGAAAAAAUAUUGCCGUGAAUAGUUCAAAUAGAGACAAGUAUGUUUCUAGGCUUGUUCAACAUCAUUUUGUUGAUUCUGUUAAGGAUCAGGUGGCUCAGUUUGCUCAGGGCAUUGAUGAUAUCAUAAGUUCGGGGAGGCUUAGGAAAUCAUUUUUCCAAUUCUUAGAACUAGAAGAUUUUGACAAGCUGCUGUAUGGCAGUGAAAAAGCUCUAAGUGUUGAAGAUUGGAAGUCUCACACUGACUACAAUGGCUACGAGGAGACUGAUCCUCAGAUAUCCUGGUUCUGGGAGACUGUGGCCAGUAUGUCAGCAGGGCAGAGAAAAGCUCUCCUAUUCUUUUGGACGUCACUGAAGAAUUUACCUGUAGAAGGUUUCGGUGGCUUAACCUCCCGGCUAUACAUUUACAAGGUGAGCGAGAGCUGCAAUCGCCUUCCAACUUCUCAGACUUGCUUCUAUCAGUUGUGUUUUCCUCCUUACCAAUCGUUGAAAGUCAUGCAAGAUCGUCUAAGUCUCAUCACCCAGGAUCAUGUUGGCUGCAGCUUUGGGACCUCAUGA